UUUCUUCAACUCGCGCCUCUCUUCAACCUUCAACUGAACUAGGCUUCUUCUUCAGUUUUUCACUCUUCAAUCGUCAGACCACGGCAGGGAAAACCGUCGUCAAUCGGCACAGUCGACACUAGAUAGCGACGGUAGGCGCCAGGAGGUAGCACCGUAGAACGACUCAACAGUUGGCAUUGGUCUCCGUCCAGCGGUCCAGCCGUCGUCCGGCUUCCAGACAGCUCUAGAGCGAUUCAGCUAGAGAACUAAGUCUUAAUAAUGUCGAAGACACGUUUUGCAAAGAGUCGAGGGUUCAAGAGGAAGAACACGUCUGAUAGCUCUAAACCUAGUAGGAAUGUGAAGAAAGCUCGAGGAGCUAAAUUUGAGGACGAAAGGAGAUUUUCGGAUAAUUCCGACUCAGGCGAGUCAUCCGAUGAACAACAAGAAGCUGUAUCUUCUGAAGAGGAAGAAGAGAAACCAAUUGAGACUUACAAAGAACCGACAAUGUAUGAUAACUUAUUAAAGACACUGGGGUCUUCCAGUAAAUCUUUGGCUGAUGUUUACAAGCAAAGACAAAGAGAACAAGAAGGCCAAAGUGACCUUGAAGAAACUUCAGGAAGUGAAUCAGACCUUGAGGAAGCUUCAGGAAGUGAAUCAGACUAUUCAACUGCUUCAGAGGAAGAUGUUGAAGAAGGGAAAGACGAAGAACCUAGAAGUUCUGGCAUUUCCAAACAUCAAGCUCAGAAACAGAAAUCUGCUACAGUUGGCGUUACACAGAAGAAUGAAGAUAUUGAAGAUGAUGAUGAUGAACAAUAUGAAUCAGAUGAUGCACAAGAUACAGAAACCAAUGAUUUGCCAUCUGGAGAUUCUUUGGCAAUCACAAGCUCAUUUGUCAAUCAUUUGGGUCACACCUUAUCAACUGAAGAAGUGGAAAACUUGUCACAAAGAAAAUGGAAAUAUACGUGGGAGACAUCUUCUUCUAACCCGUCUAAUAGCAAGUGGAUGGGGACUGGAGCAUGUUUCAUAAAGGAUGACAUGAUGAAUUUGAGUUAUAGUAUCAAGCCUAGAUUACAAAAACAUUGGUUGGAUAAUUACAAGGGGGGUGAUUUUGAUUCGUCUAAACAGAAAUUCUUCUUCUCCCUAUGCAACAGCUACAAAGAUAUAUUGUACCAUAACAAGAAGCCAUUUUAUCUUAAAGGUCUUGAAGAAGAUUCAAAUAUCAUGACUGGAUAUGUAGUACAUACGCUGAAUCAUGUAUUGAGCACAGGAGAUGUCGUUGUGAAGAAUGAUGCGAGAUUGGCCAAGCUUGAGGAGAGUAACAAGGACACAAUCAGUGAAGGUGAUGCUCUUGACCAUGGAUUUACUCGGCCUAAGGUUCUCAUCCUGUUGCCGCUUGCUAGCAUUGCACUAAAGGUUGUGAAGAAGCUAAUAGAGUUAACCCCACCAAAGCAUAAGGUUAACGUGGAGUAUAAAGAUCGCUUUUUUGAUGAUUUUGGAACUGGUGUGGAGGAUGACGAAGUCGAAAAUAAGAAACCUAAUCCUUCAAAGCCUGUCGACUUCGAAACUUUAUUUGGUGGCAACAAUAAUGAUCAUUUUGUUGUAGGGAUAAAGUAUACACGGAGGAGCAUUAAACUGUUUGCAGAUUUCUAUUCUUGUGAUAUAAUUAUUGCAUCCCCUCUUGGUUUAAUCACAAAAAUCGGGGAGGCUGAGUCCGACAAGGAAAAAGAUGUGGAUUAUCUUUCUUCUAUAGAGGUUUUAGUUAUUGAUCAUUCAGAUGUUAUCGCCAUGCAGAAUUGGUCCCAUGUGAAUACAGUAGUUGAACAUUUGAACUGUUUACCAUCAAAGCAACAUGGAACAAAUAUUAUGCGCAUAAGACCAUGGUAUUUUGAUGGCCAUGCUCGUUUCUACCGCCAGACGAUAAUUUUGGGUUCUUAUUUGAAUCCAGAUAUGAAUGCAUUGUUCAAUCAUCAUUGCUUUAACUACCAGGGAAAGGUGAAGUCGGUUUGUGAGUACAAAGGUGUCCUUCCGAAGGUGUUAAUUGAAGUACGACAGAUAUACGAGCGUUUUGAUGCAGAAACCUUGGCUGAUGCCGAUGAUGCUAGGCUUGAAUAUUUCACUAAUAAGGUAUUACCGAAGAUUAUAAAUACUACAGAGGGUGGAGUCAUGCUAUUCAUUAGUUCAUACUUUGAAUUUGUUCGUCUUCGUAAUUACUUGAAAUCACAAGAAGCAUCGAUCUGCCUUCUUGGAGACUAUACAAAACAGAGUGAUAUAUCUCGUGCAAGAAUUUGGUUUUACCAAGGAACUAGGAAGAUCAUGCUUUACACAGAGAGAUCACAUUUCUAUCAUAGAUACAAGAUACGAGGAAUGAAGAACUUGAUAAUCUACUCCCUUCCAGAAAGGAAUGAUUUUUACCCUGAGAUUGUUAAUAUGCUCGAGGAUUCGCAUAACAUGUCAACUACAGUCUUAUUUUCUCGCUUUGAUCAGUUAAAGUUGGAGAGAAUAGUUGGAAGUGGAUCGGCCAAAAGAAUGUUGAAAUCGGACAAGAGUGUGUUCGCCUUCUGCUAGAAAGUUUUUCAGAGAUCGAUUUUUUUUUGUGACCCGGGUUAAUUCCUUGGAUUUGCUAGUAUGAUCCUCCGGGGAAAAAGAAUUUUGUAAUUGUUAAGCAAGAUGUUAGCCUCAAUUUUGUACUAUAGACUUAAUUGUGAAAUUAAUUAAUAGCAUUAAUAUUUUUAGUUAAA